GUAACACCAUCAUUCUAGUCAAAGUCUUACAGAUGAUAUCAGAUAGAUACUAGAUUAGUGAAAAGUUUAUUAGCUUCAAUUUAGUAAUGUGGUUCAAAGCCGUAAUACUCCUAGUUGCAAUUUUUGAAUGCAAGGCUGCAUCGUUGCGUUCCCACCGGGCUGCCUGUGCUAAUUCAUCCAAGCCACUACUAGUGGGGUACUGGGGACAAAAUGGCGCCGGCCCAACUUUUGGCCAAGCAAAKUAUGAGCGAUCUUUAAAAUGGUUUUGUGAGAACUCCAAGUAUGAUAUUAUCAACGUGGCUUUUCUUGUUACACUUUUCGAUUCUAGGAAUCAAGGUAGCGAGCCUGGUUUAAACUUCGCUUUUCACUGCAGUGGAGGGGUAACACCAAAUCAUCCCACCCUGCUGCGGUGUCCAGGAAUCCAGGAAGGAAUCGAGGCUUGUCAGAAGAAUAAUAAGAAAGUCUUGAUGUCUGUCGGUGGUUCCACCAUGAAUGCUAUUUUGAACGAUGACACACAGGCGAAAAGACAUGCUGGACAUCUAUGGAACUUGUUCCUUGGUGGGGYUGGUACGAACCAUUUAAGACCGUUUGGCAGUGCUGUAAUGGAUGGUGUUGACUUUAACCUGGAAGCUGGGCAACCCAACAAUUUUGGUGCAGUUAUCAAAGAGUUACGAUCCUUAAUGRACACGAACAGCAACAAAUCGUAYCUMAUYACAACAACACCUCARUGUCCAUACCCMGAUCGCAUGCUUGGCCCGGUUAAUGAAAAUACCGCUUUGAAAGAGGCAGGAAAUCUAACAGACUAUGUGUUCGUGCAGUACUAUAAUAACUUUUGCUGGACUGGAAGCAACAGUUUCAACGCCAACUUGGAUCAAUGGCUGGGAUUCUCUACAAGAACAAAUGUUGGAGUCAUGGUUGGGUUGCCUGCGCACACUCGCGCGUCUGGAACUCCAAGCCACCAUCGCAGCGUUCAGGAUGUGAGGACUCUUUGGAAUACAAUAAUGACCAAGCAGGGGGUCAGCGGUUUAAUGCUAUGGGAUGCAUCCUGGGAUCAAAACAACGUCAUCGACAAUCGGAUGUACAGUGAACAUCUCAGAGACAUACUCGAUAAGACACCCACCCAGUGUCCGACAACUACUCAGCCACCGACCACUACCCAGCCACCGACCACUACCCAGCCGCCGACCACUACCCAGCCACCGACCACUACCCAGUCACCGACCACUACCCAGUCACCGACCACUACCCAGCCACCGACCACUACAGAGUCACCGACCACUACCCAGCCACCUACCACUACCCAGCCGCCGACCACUACCCAGCCACCGACCACUACCCAGUCACCGACCACUACCCAGUCACCUACCACUACCCAGUCACCGACCACUACCCAGUCACCUACCACUACCCAGCCACCUACCACUACCCAGCCACCUACCACUACCCAACAAUAA